AAGCUGGUGCAGGGUCCGUUUUCCCAGGAAGCGCCGCGCUGCUGUUAUGGCCGCCUCCCUGGGCCAUUAUCAGCACAUGGGCUUCCACAAGAACUGUCGCCACUAGACUUCGGCGUCUCUGGACCUUCCUCUUUUCACUUUAGUGUGUGACUUCCGUGUGACCGUUGUGGGGCCCGGUUUUGGCUGGGGCGACGUCCGGGGUGAUGUGGACCCCGGAGCUGGCAGUUUUGAGGGGCUUCCCCACUGAGGCUGAGCGGCAGCAAUGGAAGCAGGAGGGAGUCGCCGGCUCAGAGAGUGGAUCGUUCCUACAAUUGCUGCUAGAAGGGAAUUAUGAGGCCAUAUUCUUAAAUUCAUUGACUCAAAAUAUUUUUAAUUCAACAAAGAUAACUGAAGAAAAGAUUGACAGCUACCUAGAGAAGCAGAUAUUAACGUUCCUUGAUUUCUCACCAGAUUUGGACAAAACCCAAAGACAACAACUGAUAUUCCUAAUUGGUGUGAGCAGUUUGCACCUCUUUGUUCAGAGUAACUGGACGGGGCCUGUGGUUGAUUUCCAUCCUCAGGACUUCUUGCCGUCUGUUUUGUUCCAGCAAUUCAGUGAGGUGAAAAAACUGGAUGCAGUUGUUCUGAGUCUGCUCAUUCUUGAUGGUGAAUCAAUCUACAGCCUGACCUCAAAGCCUAUACUGCUGUUAUUAGCACGCAUUAUCCUAGUGAAUGUAAGACAUAAACUGACAGCACUUCAGAGCUUGCCUUGGUGGACUUUGAGGUGUGUGAAUGUUCACCAGCAGUUGCUUGAGGAACGUUCACCUCAGCUUUUUGCUCUUGCCGAAGGUUGUAUUGAUCAAGUGAUGAAGCUAGAACAUCUGUUUGUAGAUGAUUCAGGUCGAUAUUUGGCUAUUCAGUUCCAUCUGGAAUGUGCAUAUAUAUUUUUAUAUUAUUAUGAAUAUAAAAAAGCAAAAGAUCAGUUCAGCAUUGCUAAAGACAUCAGCAAAUUACAAAUUGAUUUGACAGGUGCUUUGGGCAAAAGGACUCGGUUCCAGGAAAAUUAUGUGGCACAGCUUAUUCUAGAUGUAAGAAGGGAAGGGGUUGCAUUUUCAAAUGGAGAAUUCAGUCCAGCUCCGACUCCUCAGGAACAUUUAACUAAGAAUCUUGAGCUGAAUGAUGAUACUGUUCUAAAUGAGAUAAAGUUAGCAGAUAGUGAACAGUAUCAGAUGCCCAACCUGUGUGCCGAAGAGCUGGCUGUUAUCCUUGGAAUCUGCACAAAUAUGCAAAAGAAUAACCCAGUGCAUAAGUUAACUGAAGAGGAGUUGCUGGCAUUUACAUCGUGUUUGCUUUCACAACCAAAGUUUUGGGCCAUUCAGACAUCAGCCUUGAUCCUGCGGACAAAACUUGAGAGAGGAAGCACGCGCCGAGUGGAACGGGCAAUGAGGCAGACACAGGCUCUUGCAGACCAAUUUGAAGACAAGACUACAUCUGUAUUGGAGCGUCUGAAGAUUUUCUAUUGCUGUCAAGUACCACCUCACUGGGCCAUUCAGCGCCAACUUGCAAGUUUACUCUUUGAGUUGGGAUGUACCAGUUCGGCCCUUCAGAUAUUUGAGAAACUAGAAAUGUGGGAGGAUGUUGUCAUUUGUUAUGAAAGAGCUGGACAGCAUGGGAAGGCAGAAGAAAUCCUUAGGCAAGAGCUGGAGAAAAAAGAAACGCCAAGUUUGUACUGCUUGCUCGGAGAUGUCCUCCGUGACCACCGCUGCUAUGACAAGGCCUGGGAGCUGUCCCGGCACCGCAGUGCCCGUGCUCAGCGCUCCAAGGGCCUCCUUCACCUGCGGAACAAGGAGUUUAAGGAGUGCGUGCAGUGCUUUGAGCGCUCGGUGAAGAUUAAUCCCAUGCAGGGAGAGUGGAAGAGAGAAGGAAAGAAUGCUGAAGCUUGGAACAAUUUAUCAACUUCCUAUAUCCGAUUAAAACAAAAAGUGAAAGCUUUUAGAACUUUGCAAGAAGCCCUCAAGUGCAACUAUGAACACUGGCAGAUCUGGGAAAACUACAUUCUCACUAGCGUUGAUGUUGGGGAAUUUUCAGAAGCCAUUAAAGCUUAUCACCGGCUCUUGGACUUAAGAGACAAAUACAAAGAUGUUCAGGUCCUUAGAAUCCUAGUGAGGGCCGUGAUUAAUGGGAUGACUGAUCGCAGCGGAGAUGUCGCAACCGGCCUCAAAGGAAAGCUGCAGGAAUUGUUUGGCAGAGUAACUUCAAGAGUGACAAAUGACGGGGAAAUCUGGAGGCUGUACGCCCAAGUAUAUGGGGAUGGGCAGAGCGAGAAGCCUGAAGACAACGAAAAGGCGUUCAACUAUCUCUCUAAGGCCUACAAGUGUGACACACAGUCCAGUGGCUGGGAGAAAGAUAUUGCAUCAUUUAAGGAACUGGUUCGGAGAGCCUUAGAACUUGCACAUGUGGCUGUGAAAUGCAGUGAAAGCAAAUCCAGUCCCCAAGAGGCUGUGCAGGUGCUUUCUUCAGCUCGGCUCAACUUACGGGGCCUGUCUUCUAAAGCAAAGCAACUUUUUACAGAUGUGGCCAGUGGAGAAAUUUCCGGGGAUUUAGCUGAAGAAAUAGCAGCUAUGGACACCCUAGUACUAGACCUCCAAGACCUAAGCAACCAGUUUCGAAAUCGGUACUGACUAUCCUGGGAGUGGUUCUGGAAAAGGUGCUUUCGCCUUUGGGAUGUUCUCUUACACCUGCGGAUCUGAGACUGAUUUUUACAUAAAGUUCUCUUUUGUGGCUAACA